CACGUUUUUCCUUAUAUAGAUCAUGUAUAUAAAUUUCAUUGAGAAAAUCUACUAUAUAUAUAUCAGAGCCCUGCAGAGGGCAUAAAUAACUUUCCCAAGAAAAAGACGACCCCAACAGCUCUGUUUGCUAGCUUGUUUCAAUUGUGGGGUAGAUUAAGCUAAUUUAUAGGGAAAAAAAUGCCGCAAGGAGGAAACAACGAUGUCUCCAACCGUGGAAACCAGAAUAAGAGCAAGAAGUACAGCAUUAUCGGAUUGUGUUCGGCUCUUCUGGUGGCCAUGGUCGUAGCUGUGGCUGUUGGGGCUAACCGCGGUGCGCAUGAUGAUCCUGAAUCCCGUGGUAGUAAUAGAGAAGGGGUUUCAACAUCCAUGAAGUCGAUCAAGGCCAUUUGCCAACCCACCGACUACAAAGAAACUUGCGAGAAAAGCCUGUCCUCCUCAGCUGGGAACUCCACCGACCCCAAAGAGCUAAUCAAGGUCGGCUUCCAUGUCGCAAUGCAGGAACUUGGCACAGCAAUGGCAAACUCUACCACGUUGAAAGAGCUGGCUAACGACCCCAGAGCAAAACAGGCCUUGGAGAACUGCAAAGAGCUUCUUGAGUACGCCGUAGAUGAUCUCCAACAAUCUUUUGAAAAGAUCGGUGCCUUGGAAGUUAGCAAGCUUGACGAUUACCUUGCUGACCUCAAAGUUUGGCUCAGUGGUGCAAUCACUUACGAGCAAACUUGCUUGGAUGGUUUCGAGAACACGACUGGUGAUGCCGGGGACAAGAUGAAGACUAUCCUGAAGACAUCACAAGAACUAACCAAGAAUGGCCUUGCCAUGGUAGUAGAGAUCUCGACCAUCUUGACCGAUCUUCAGAUUCCUGGGAUGAAACGGCUUCUCUCAGUGGAAAAAGAUCAUGAUCACGUCGAAGUCGAUGAGGUACCAAAUUCGUGGCUCGAUGAAGCGCAACGGAAGCUCCUCGCGACCACUAAUUCGACGAACAUUAAUGCUGACGUGGUGGUGGCCAAGGACGGAAGUGGCAAAUACAAGACUAUCAAUGAGGCUCUUGUGGACAUUCCCAAAAAAAACAACAAAACCUUCGUGAUUUAUAUCAAGGAAGGAGUUUAUCAGGAGACUGUGAUUCUUGACAAGUUCAAGACCUUUGUGACUAUGAUUGGAGAUGGUCCCACAAAGACCAAAAUCACCGGAAAUUCUAACUUCGUCGAUGGAACCCCCACAUUCAAGACUGCAACAUUUUCGGUGGUUGGACAGAACUUCAUGGCCAAGAACAUUGGAUUCGAGAACUCUGCAGGAGCUGCGAAGCACCAGGCUGUGGCACUGAACGUCCAAUCCGACAUGUCAAUAUUCUUCAAUUGCCAAAUAGAUGGGUACCAAGACACCCUUUAUGCCCACACCCACCGCCAGUUCUACCGCGAUUGCACCAUCUCUGGGACUAUCGACUUCAUCUUUGGUGACGCAUCUGCGGUGUUGCAAAAUUGCAAGAUGAUCAUCAGGAAGCCAAUGGAGAACCAGCAGUGCAUCGUCACAGCCCAAGGAAGGUCAUAUGAGCGUGAGAACACCGGGCUCGUCCUCCAGGGAUGUACUAUCACCGCCGAGCCAGCGUACUUGCCGGUGAAGGACAUUAACAAGGCUUUCCUUGGUAGGCCAUGGAGGCAAUACUCAAGAACCAUCAUUAUGCAAAGCCAUAUCGAAGGCGUCAUCCAGCCUGAGGGGUGGUUGCCAUGGAUGGGUAACUUUGCUCUCGACACUUGCUUCUAUGCUGAGGUCGGCAACAUGGGUCUGGGUGCCGGCCUCGCAAAUAGAGUUAAAUGGCGAGGCAUCAAGACGCUCAAUCUGAACCAAGCCCAAGAAUUUACUCCCGGUACCUUCCUUGGUGGCAGUACCUGGAUCCAACCAACGGGGGUGCCCUACAUUCCUGGCUUGCUUUAAUUAAGCAAAGAGAGCAGUUCAUAUAUACUUUAGUGCUCAGCACUAAAAGACCAUGAUCUGCAGAUCAUGAUCUUCUCCAUGAUUAUGAAGAGCUAUGUUAAGAUUUUUCUUUUAAAUCCUUUAAUUUUUCCCUUAUCAUUUUUCGUGCCUUUUAAUGAAUUGUGAGAGAGACUUUGUAACUUACUUUUGUGAAUCUCAUGUUGAGAUAAUUACCGGAUAGAGAACUAUCAUGUAAUCAUCACUUAAUUAUGAUAUGAGUUUUGCUACA